AUGUCAGGCUUUCUUCCUUGCUCCGGUGGAUACCCCGUAGAAUCCCCCAGCCAAUCGAGAUCAUCAUGGAUGUAUCUCCCCCCUGAACUCCGCCUCAUGAUUAUGGAGAAGGUCGCCCACCAAAAGUUUCCAGGCUGGGAAUCCUGUGCCACGAUCAACAGAGAGUGGCAAGACGUGAUUGAAAAAGAAAACUACAAGAAGUUGAACCUGGAUGUCUCUGAUCUCGACGAAUUGAACGUCAUGGUCCCACACCACAAAAGACACUUGGUCAAGCACAUCUUCUUCGAGAUCGGCCUCCCCAGAGAUCAAUCCGCCUGCUGUGCGAGAUGGAACCCUCCACCAUCCAACAUCAGUAAAAUCGUCAAGGAGGCCAUCAUGAAGCUCUUCACUGCCCUCAGCACAUGGGACCAGAGCAGCAGCUUGACGUUGGAACUCAACGUCUGUUCACUCAGCGACUCCGAACACUGGUUCAAGCCGCUGUACUUUUCCAACGACCGCACCGAGGGAGAUGAUGGUCGAAAGAUCAGCGACCUUAACCAUGGCUGGGUCAACGGCCAGCAAAGCAGGCCUGCGCCGGAGGAGGCCGUGCGUCGAAUGUUUCGGCCCAUCAAGCUGGACAAGAGCUUCGAGCGCGAGCCGCUUCCCAAGGUCAUCUGCGUGACGAAGUUUGUCAUUCGUCGACAGCUUCGAAGGUGUAUUUCACCGGCUGGGAUAAGUGCGAUGCUCGAGGCGCUGCCUUUCCUGGAGCACAUGGGCUAUGAGCCAUGGGCGUUGCAUGAGACUGCGAGUCAAGACAGGAGACGAGACCAUGUAGCAGCUCUCCGUCAUGCAAUGCUACAAAAGCUUUCCAAGGCCGUCACCAGUCUGGUAGUCUUCCAAGACUCCCGCAAAUUCUACAAAGUCCUCCAGCAACGACAGCCGGACGGGGGUCCCAAGCCCCCUACCAUCAACUCCGUCGCCAUUGGAGACGCCCUGGGCGACAUCUUCGCCAGGAAGAGCCUUGGCCUGAAGCACCUCGCCGUUUCAUUCAUGGUCGACGCCAAGGAUGUCCUCCGCCACUGCAAGCCAGCCUAUACGUGGCCGCAGCUCAAGACCGUGGCGCUCACCUCGCAGCUCCUGAGAGAAGACGCGAACCUGAACCCGGACAGCCAAGGCAGGAUCGAGGACUUGCUAUGCAGGGCUGCGGCUCUAGCGAAGCGAAUGCCUGAGCUGGACACGUUUGUGCUCUGGAACGGCGCAAAGGGCGACGCCUGCGCCUUCAUCUAUCGCGUCAAGGGGAGCAAAGCGUCCAUUACCUGGCGCGGGACGUGGUCUCUGGAGAUGAGCCCCAAGGUGGUUGAGGCGUGGAAUUCCGUGGUCUUGACACGAUCCUGGCGCGAGAUUGAGAUAUACCAUGAGCGUAUUGGGAGCGGUGUCAACUGCGUUGGCGAUGCCAUCCACCACUUGAAACUCCCCUGCCGGGUUGUUGAGCCAGCGUCUCUGUGGCAGAUGCGCAGGGAGGGAAACUUGGUCCCGUAUGGCACCAAAUGA